AUGGCGGACACCUCCAAAGAUAUGCCGUUCAAGGCCGUACAAGUCGACGCUCUGGUACGUGCGAUAUCCGCGAAACGAGCCACCCCGCCAGGCGCCCCGCCAUUGUGCUCUCCGUCCUGUCUCUGCAUGCGCGUCGCAAUCAAGAUUGCUACCGCGAGCGGAAAAGCGUUCCCUUCUGUUGCCACAGGCAGUUUGGUGGGAAUGGAGAAGAACGGCGUUCUCGAGAUCACGAACACUUUCCCCUUCCCUGAGGCGUCUCUCGCGCAGACCGACACCCAGAACGACACAGCAGCAAACGUCGCAGCCGCAGCCCCCCGCGCCAAGCAAAACAUCGCAUACAGCAACGAGAUGAUCAAGUUCCUACGGGAGGUGAACGUGGACGCGAACAACGUUGGCUGGUACACGAGCACGAGCAUGGGCAACUUCAUCAACCUGAACAUGAUCGAGAACCAAAUCUUCUACCAAAACGGCUUGAACGAGAGGACAGUCGCUUUGAUCUACGAUGUGAGCAGGAGCUCGCAGGGUAGCUUGAACUUGCGCGCCUACAGGCUAUCGCCCUCGUUUGUGACGGCAUACAAGGAGGGCAAGUUCACAACUGAGAGCCUCCAGAAGAGCGGUCUCAGGCACCAUGAGAUCUUGGUGGAACUCCCUGUCACUAUCCGCAACUCGCACCUCCUCACUUCCCUCCUGCACCAGCUGCCUUCGGAUGCGCCUAAGGAGGAGCUUUCCUUCCCACCAAACCUAGCUGCCCUGCAGCAGAGCCCAAAUACCCCGCAGCCUCCCCUUUUCCCGAACUACGACUCACUCGACCUCUCCAUCGACCCAUUCCUCGAGAAGACAUGUGAUCUGCUUCUGGAGAGCAUCGAGAGCCAUCACACAGAACUCAACAACUACCAGUACUACCAGCGUUCGCUUGCCCGUGAGCAGGCUAAGAUCACCGCUUGGCAAACGAAGCGCAAGGCAGAAAAUGCCGCACGCACAGCAUCGAAGCAGCCACUGCUUCCUGAGGAUGAAUGGCAGAGACUAUUCAAGCUGCCCCAAGAGCCAAGCAGACUAGAGACGCUGCUCAACUCGAGGCAGGUCGAGCAGUACUCGAGGCAGGUGGAUGGAUUCACAGCAGGCAUCACCGCCAAGAUGUUCGCCGUGAAGAGCAAUUUGCUUCCCGGAGAGUAAGGUGUAAUAGGAUGUGUGGGUUUCAUGAUUACGCCUUUCCUCGUCAUGGCAUGGGCACGGCGUUGGGGGUCACAAUGUCCACUUUUGGCAAAAGCUGAGGAUUAGCCUAUGUAGAAGACAGGACGACACGAUGGAAGUUCCGGGGCAGGUUCCAGCUUCGGAGUGCAAAAUUCGCAUGAUAGAAUCUUUGAUAUCGAGGUGCAGUUCAGUUUAGCCGGCAGUGUCAUUUGGGAUUUACCAAGCGAUAAUUCCGCUCCAUAGAGUGCUGAUUCAACAACGAACACAGCUUCACACCAAACUUAUUUUCCCCUG